CCUAAUAUUUUGCCUUUCGAUCGCAACAUCAAUUCCGAGCAUGACAAAGUAAUGAUAUUUCACGUGUCGCAGCGGUCAUAGACUUUUAAACCAGAGAUUUUUCUAGAUAACGUUACGAUUACCCCUAGGUCGAAUCAAUAGUUGAAUUUUGCUAUAAAGUUGCUCAAAUUUGAUUAAAUGGCUUCAUGUAAUUACUUGACCAUCUCCCCCAUCUUGUUCAUUAUGGGAAUGACCCUUCUCAUUACAGCGGCAGUGAAGGAAUCCAGAGGGCCAAUAAUGGAGUCUGGCAUUCGCCAACCUCCACUGAGAGGCUUUAUGGAUGACCUCACCAUCACAAUGGCAACCCAUGUGCAAACAAGGUGGAUCCUGAAGGCACUCGACGACGUGGCAACUUGGGCUCGAAUGAAGUUCAAGCCAAAGAAGUAAAGAAGCAUGGUGAUCAGGAAUGGUAAGGUUACAAACAGGUUCCAGCUUCAAGUCCAGGGGGAAGUCAUACCACCGAUUGAGGAGAACCCAAUAAAAUGCCUGAGCAAGUGGUACGAUUCAUCUCUCAAGGACAAAGGCAGUGUUUCAAGGACCGAGAAGCAGGCAGAAGAGUGGCUUAAAAAGAUAGAGAGCUCAGGCCUACCAGGCAAGUUCAAGACCUGGCUGUUCCAGCAUGGCCUGCUACCAAGACCAAGCUCCUGUGGCUCCUGACGAUUUACGAGAUACCUAUGACAGCGGUUGAAGGGAUUGAGAGGAAAGUCAACAAACAUCUCCGCAAGUGGCUUGGUAUUCCCCCAAGCUUCACGUCAGUAGGGUUCUACAUCAGGUCGGGACAGCUACAGCUACCCCUAUCAUCGGUGGUUGAGGAGUUCAAGGUGGCAAAGUGCAGGAUUGUGAUGAUGCUCAGAGAUUCCACCGACGAGAUGGUUAGAGGCGCAGGCGUCACCACAAGAUCUGGGCGCAAAUGGGCAGCAGCCACACAAGUGGAACAGGCAGAAAGCCUGCUGAAGUUGAAGGACAUCAUCGGGAACCCAUGCACUGGGCGGCAGGGACUAGGGUCCACCCAUUUCCAACAAUGGACCAAAGCCGACCCAAGGCAGAGGAGAGUCAUGGUCCAAGCCGAGGUCCGGCAGCUAGAGGAGGAGGGGAGAUGGUCUAGGGCUGUGGAGCUUGGUUUACAAGGAGCCUGGACGAAGUGGGAACUACCAAAGCGUAAGAUCACCUGGCCUGAACUCUGGAGACUGGAGCCUUUCCGAAUCUCGUUCCUGCUCUGCUCAGUGUACGACACCCUUCCAACACCAACAAACCUGUACAGGUGGGGAAUGAGGGAGGACCCACAGUGCAGGUUAUGUGGGGAGAGAGGAACAAUGGCGCAUAUACUGGCAGGAUGCAAGACUGCUCUUAGCCAGGGGAGAUACCGGUGGCGCCACGACAAGGUCCUCAGAGUACUAGCCGACAUCUUGGAGCAGGAGAAACGGAAAAAGCACCAGCCUCAAUCGAGAACAACACCAUCCAUCCAGUUCAUCAGGGAGGGGGAGAAACCAUCAUCCUCCAAGAAGACCAAGAAGGGCCUACUGCAGACAGCACCAUCAUGGGAGAUGAGGGUAGACCUUGGAAGGAAACUACACUUUCCCCAGGUCGUCCAAACUUCCCUGAGGCCUGACAUGGUCAUUUGGUUAGAAGAGGCCAAGAAGAUCAUCCUGAUCAAACUGACUGUCCCGUGGGAAGAAGGAUGCGGUGAAGCCUACGAGAGGAAAGCCACCAAGUACCAGGACCUUGUCCAACAAUGCAGGGACAAGGGAUGGCAGGCCUGGCUAUUCCCAGUGGAGGUCGGAUGCAGGGGCUUCCCGGCACAGUCUGUGUGGAAUACACUCACAGCUCUGGGAAUAAAUGGAAGGGAGAGGAAGACAGCUGUCCGUAGGUUGGGGGAAGCCGAGAGAGCCUCUUGCUGGCUCUGGAAUAGGAGGGAGGAGAGAAGCUGGGGACCAGGAGAAGACGGGCAGUGUCUGGCCAUCACUGCCGGCCCGCCAUCUCGAGGGCGUUGUGGUUUAGGGGUCGAAUCGUCCAAUGAAAGUUGGUCACCACCUGAUGACAUCUUCUCCUGGUCGAAAGCUACAGUCACUUCCUAAGUGACUGAAAGAGCAUCAACCAUCACUUCAAGCCCCACCCAGCAGUUCCAUGGCCGCACAGAAGUACCUACCCCGGAGUAAGUACUUAUAUCGCCCCUGAAACUGGCCCUGAAAGAGGUCCUACAAGGGGAGUUUCCUGCAGUGGAAAAGCGCCCAAAGGUGUCAGUCUCCUCUAAAACUGCCCUCGAGUUCCUGCAGUGGGGAAGUGCCUUAGUGAGGAAGGGUGCCCUAGUAUAUACUGUCAGAGGCCAUUGGCAUAGCAUAAGUGUCUCAAAGAAGAGAAGAGAAUUG